AUGCAUGAGAAGUUCCUCCGCAAGAACGGCGAAGAUGCCGCUGAUAGGAAGCGCAAGUGGCCGUGCCACUUCUUGCAGGAGGUCGGGCUGGAGUGCGCGCUGUGGCCACACCUGUACUGGUGCACGGAGAUGACGGAGACUAAGGAGCAGUGGUCGGAUGCGCGUCGCGAAGACAGACGACAGGCGCAGGAGGCGAAGAAGAAGCCGGAGUACGGCUACCGCAGUGACGACUCCGACGAAGACGACGGCAGCGGCGACCAGGAGAGGAGCGAGAGCACGAGCGUCAAGCGGUCCUUCAUCACGAUGCUUAUCACCACUCCUGGGGUACGGUUCGUGUACGACUUGAAUCUGUGGGCCACGCUCGGCGGGAAGAAGAACCUGGGUCUGGACAACGUUCCCAUGCGAGUGCUCAUGAAGGGCCAUACCUUCUCACCUCUGUACUGGAAGGAGGUUCACAACGGGCUCGUGGACCUUGUCCGCCAGAUCGGCUUCCCCAAGCUGUUCUUCACCACUGCGCCGUGGGAGCCAGCGUUCAGGUACCACGACUGGUUGCGGGAUGAGAUGGAGAAGACUCGGAGGACCCGCAUGUAUCUGCCCGUGGGAGAGACGCUGCACAUCACUCACGUGAUCAUGGAGAUUGUCCGUGGCCUCCUCGCGGGGAACAACCAGCAGCGCAUGGAUCGGGAGAGUAAGUCGUGGACGAAGCACGUGUUUUCGGCGAAAGACUCAGAUGGGAAGCAGGUGCGCGUGCAGUCCUUCACGCGCUUGGAGCUCCAAGACGGGAGCCGCAAGGAGGGGACGAAGCGCUACGACGGGUCCGGGCGGCCGCACUUGCACGCGUUGUUCUUCGCAGACGACGAGGCGAUGGCGAACAUGGGGCUCGAGCAUCACCUGUUUGCCACGAAGCCCGAGGACUUCCCAAACCACCUCAAGGGCUACGUGGACGGCUCGCAGAUGGACAGGCACGGCGGCGGAGAGAGCAAGUGGCCGAUCUACCACGGGCCGUCAGGGGUGCACAACAGCGAUGGCAUUCUGGAGCUGAAGCACACGGAGAACGACCACGACGCGGGCAUGCGAGCCUUUUGCGCUGACGUCAUGGACGGGCAACCAUGCCACCAGGAUUGGCUGAAGAGCGACGGCGAGGCCAUGCUCCUGCAGUAUGUCUCCAAGUACGUAGCCAAAUUCUCCGACAGCAGCUACGACGAGUGGAUGAGCGACAGCGCCUCCGCGGACAGCGUGGCGCGCCGCGUGUGCUUCGAGUAUCACCCGUACGAGCCGGAGAUGAUUCUGCAGCUGUGCGGCGCCCAGUUCCGGCAGUACGACAUCUCUACGGCCAGUGGCGGGUUUCGCAUCGUCUCGGCGCCCUACGCGGGCAUGUCAGUGGUGCCGGAGUGGGUGCAGAAGUACGCCGAGUGCGCGUGGCGCCACGACGGAAUGGCUCUGCUGGAGUGGUUGCGCAAGACCAACGACGACGGGAACAUCGCGGGUUGGCUGGUUCGCAAGCACAAGCAGGAGCUCAUGAUGGCGCUCUACCAAAGGUAUCGGAAGACCAUGGACGACGGGAAGGAGCCGCUGACGCUCGACGCUUACUGGCGCAGCCUCCGCGCCGCGUUCAAGGACGAGCCGAACAGCGAGGAGGCGCCGAUGACAUUCGUGGAGUAUCUCGCCGCGAGGUAUAGGCGGGAGAAGAGCGACGACGAGGUGGAUUUCCCCGAGUUGGAGCAGUUCGCGCGGGCGCACCGCAUGCAGGGCGAGAAAGUCGUCAGCGUCGAGACCGUGUACGAGCUGAAUGACCGCUACUACGGCCAGUGGGCUGCCAUGAACGUGCCGUUCCGUUCGCUGGACGAGUUAGUAUUCGAAGACAUAGAACAGCGUGUCCCCAGGAAGUACCGCUACCUGGCGUCGGCGCUGCGGCUGUGCUCGGACCAAAGUCGCGUCGCCGCAGAGCAUCGCGACCUGUUCACCAACGACAAGCUUCUCGUGGACUACAUGAAGGCGUCCGCGAAGUCGACGAAGUUCAGCGAGAACGUUCUGAGCAUGCAGCAGCUCCAGUUCGAGUCCGCGAUCAACGAGAGCGUCGACCGUGCGCUCAGAGCGAACCAUUCGGAUGAUUGGGAGGACGCAGACGAUGCGCGCGAGGAGGCAUGGCAGAAGGGGAAACCCAUUAUCUGCCUCGGCAAACCAGGCACGGGGAAGACUACCGUGGUGAAGGCUUGCAUCCGGCGUGCCCAGGACAAUGGCGCCCGAGUGCUCUUCGCGCUCCCGACGGCACAGCUCGCGAGCCGCAUGCGGGCCGCGCUCAACGACAUGCACGGCGUGGAGGUGGCCGCGUGUCACGCAGCGUUCAAGCUGAACGAGCCUGUCACUGAGUCGUUGCCGCUGAUGACCAUGUACGACCUGGUCGUCGUGGACGAGGUGUCGCUCCUUGACUGUCCACAGUUUGAGCGCAUGGUGAAGUUGUGGAGCGUCGCAGAGAAGGUCCCGGCGCUCGUGUUCCUGGGCGACAAGUAUCAGCUUCCGGGCGUCGGGGAGACGCGCGCAUGGGAGAGCGCCGCCUGGUCGCGGCCAGCGUGCUAUCACGUGAAGCUGCAAGAUGCGUGGAGAUGCAAGGAGGAGCGCUUUCAGGAGAUCCUCGACGAGAUCCGCACGGCGAAGCCGUCGAAGGAGACGUUGGCGAAGAUCUGUCGGGGGCACAAAGCUUGGAAGAUGGGCGAUCCGACGCCGACGGAUCUGAAGAAGCUCUACGAAGCGCACCCGGAGACGACCGUCGUCACGUGCACCCAGAAGGGAGCCAAUGCAGUGAACGAAGCUGCAGUGAAGGCUCUGUAUGGUCGGAAGUCCCCGCUGGCAGUCCUUCCAGGCGACGUGGAGCUGAACCCAGAGAACUACGAGCAUGGGCAGUUCCGCACCGAUCGCCGCCCCCUGCCGAGCGCUGUGCCGAACGUUCGCAAAGAGGAUGAUUUCGUGAAUGUUAUGUUAUGCGUGGUCGAGAACUACCACGAGGCCGAAGACGUCCUGCGCGUGAAGACAUAG